AAUGUGCCUUGAACCCCUGGUGGUGACAGAAUGUGAAAUCACAGCUGUUGCCAUGGCAAGCGAGCAAGGAGUCAGAAGUCAAAAUGGUAGAUCCUUCGACGAAGGCGGGGAAACGUGGUUUCCUGCAUUCCGCUUCAUCUUAUCAAGGAUCUGAUUGUUUUUAUGCACCGUAUCUUGGUAGAGGAAAAGUUCUGUUCACGGGACCAGAUGGAGUUAAAGACCAUGAAACGAAAAUUUGUGAUGCGGAAUAUAUUGGUAUAGGAACUGCGUCAAGAGAAAGCACAGGAAAUCUUUCAUAUCUUUGGAGAGCUGCAACACACACACCCCACCCAUCGUCAAGAGGCUGUCAGGUUGGUGAUAUUGGUUGGCAUUCCAGAGGAUAUAUGGAUAGACGCCUCUUGUCCAGUAGACAACAGAUCAAACUUGGAGAAUUCAGAGAAGCUUGUGAAAACCGAUAUUCUCACAGGAACCAAAAUCCAUGGUAUCCUGAAAGCAAAAGAUUUAGAUGCUACCAGAAGUAUUCUGAGCAAAGAGAUUCACCAAUAGAGGAGCUUAAGCAAAUUCCUAUUCGACCUCGAUCUUGUGCAAGGCCCAAAUCAACCUCAACAAUUGGAUCAUUGCCAUUUUAUGGGUACAAAAGGAGACCAGAUUCUCCGAGUUCGAGUUCUUCUAGUUCCUAUAGGGCAACAAUGUAUAUGCGCUAAAAUGUAUCAUGAAGAAGUAUUCUUGUAUCAUAAUACUAAAUUAAAAACGACAUUACAUUGUGUAAGUUGUCUAUGAUUUGUAAUUAAGUGCGAAUUUGUAAAAUGUGGUUUGAAUGAUUUUCUAUUGUAUAUAUUUAUGUCGAAAUUUUUAAAAAUUGAAUGGUUAUGAGUUUCACCAAAGUCAAACAUCUAAGCAGCUGCACUUCUUUUGUUUAUUCUUUUGUCUUUUGUUAAUGAAAGAACGUGGACUCAAACAUAUGAAUGCAGAAUAAAAGCAAAAUUCUUCUUUAAUUACAUUAAAUAGUAAACAUGAAGAAAACGAAACAACCAAGCAGAUAUUUGAAGAACAAAAAAAGCUAAACACGAAAAACUGCUGUUUGAAGAAAGGAAACUAGAUUAAAAGCAGCUGAAAAGUUUGUUCGCCGAGUAGUUAAUUUAGCAGUAAUGAUAAUGGCUCUGAAUAAUACGUAGCCACACAUGCCCCUUUAUAAACCCUUGCUUUUGAAAUUUCUGUAAGAUUUGCAUCAUUUUUCAUCCAAUAGGCCAGAAAUGUUGUACCAAAAAAUGGUAAAGUUUAGGCUAGAAUUUUAUUCCAAACCAAGUAAAGAUCUUAAACUGUCAAACUUUAAAUUCACGUAUUACCAAAAGAUCAAGAUGAGAAUUUGCCAUAGCAGACAGUUAUAUGUUCAAGGUUUAAAAUAGCUGCACCACAAGCUCAAUCUUUUUGCGUAAAAAAUUUAGAUUAAACGGUUGAAAAGUUUUUGAAAUGUAUAUUUAUUGAUUAAAUGGGCUUCCGGAGACAUCAUUUUGGACAAA